CUCCGUUCUGCCAUUCAGCCAGGCAUCGAGAUCAAGACUCCAGUCAGAAUAAAAGACCAUCGACAUCGUCGUCAGCAAUCCUCUCGCUUUUCUUCCUUCUUCAUUGCCAUCAUGCGUCCCUAUCUCUCCAUUCUUAUCAACCACGACCCUCAUCUAACUAUUCCCUUUACGAAGCUGAACUCUUUCAACACUCGCUCAGCAGGUGGCGUUGGUCUGUCACGCCACGCCGCAAGUCUAUCGCCUUCUCGUUAUCGCUGAUGACUCCCUCAUUCACGAUAAUAAAUUAACGGCAUUGAUCCUCGAAAGAUCCUCACCGUCCAUUCCGUCUCAUUCCACUGACCAUGAUGGGGUUCUUCCGUAAAGAGAAGCCAUCCUCCGAACCCUCCACCACCACAGUUCCCUCAGAAGCCCCAACGAACCCCGAGGACCCAACUGACGACCCAACCGACGACCCAACCGGCGACGCUAUCACGACAGCGACAGCGAAUCCAGCAAACCCGCUCGACUACCCAGCAACGCAAGUCUUCUACGCCGAUCCGUCCUUCCCCGAACCCCCCGAACUCAACUACGACCUCCGCUCCCGGAAGAAGGCCCUCAUCUUCUUCUGGUCCCUCGUCAUCGUCGACUGCGUCUUUGUCCCCAUCGCCCUCUACUUCGGCCUCUUCUACGGUACCAGCCUCUCCCACAACGCUGUCUUCUCCAUCAGCACCGCCACCCUCGGGACCGUGUCCAUCGUCGAAUACUUCCUCCGAUUCCACCGCCUUUUCCGGAAAGGCAGCAAGUGUCGCGUCAUCGGCUCGCAUCGCUGGUACCUCGACUGGUUCCACUGGAAUCUGAGCCUCGGAUGGAUCGCCGUCAUGAUUGAGUUGAUCGUCGGAACCGUGCCGCAUGAGCCGCCGAUUCGCCUGCUCGCCAUGCCCGUGUCGUCGAUGCUGUACGCGCUCGCCGUUGAGAUGCUGAUUGUCGAUGUGUUGCGAUACUUUAAGGUGCGGGCGCCGGUACGGGUCAGUUCGCUUCCGCGAGGUGCGGAGCUGCGACCUGGGUUAUAUGCCUUUAUCGAAGAUGUCGUGGCGGUGGAUGGAAGCGGCGGAGCGGAGUACCGGCAGAGGCUAAACGUGCGGUAUCUCUCGAGCCACUAUUUCCGAGUCAUGUUGCACCGAUUGACCCUAUUCUGGGCUUUCGGAGCGAUCGGGGUUGCAACACUGACGACGAUUUUGAUCUUCACGCUUCAGAAAGAUGCAGCAUAUGUGGUUGGAUGGACCGUCCCAUUUAUUUGGGCCGGUAUCUGGUCAUGGAUCACUGUACCGUAUGUAAAGCGGAGUCUGAAGCGCGAGCGCGAGAUUUGGAAAGCAGAGCGAAGACCGAAGGCCUGAUGCAACGUUGAUGCGCCCAGCCCUUUCAUUACGCAUACUUAAUGCCGCUACCGAGCAUUAGAGCGUUGCCAAAAGAUAUGACCUGGGUUUGACGAAUUAAUAUACGACACAUAAACGGAGCAUAGGAGCAUCUGGGGGGCCAUUUUGUAUAGAUCUAUGUAUCAGCAGCGCAAAUCUCAAGCGGUCGAUUUGUUUCCCACAGCGCAGUGGUUUCCUAACUUGAUAUCCUAACUUCUAUUGCGGUAACCAGGUCAGUUCGUAACUGAGGUGUUGUUUGCUGUGGGUAUCAUCAGGCCAUCAGCACAGUAGGCGAGGUACUGAACUGCAAGCCUGUCCA